AACUGACCCCGGAGCUCCUCCUCCUCCGGGGGUUACUAGGUGUGGGGAACCGCCGCUCGCCGCCGCCUUCCGAAAGUCGCCAUGUAUCGGCAGAGCUUCCGGCCUCCCACCCCGCCGUCUUCGGGCGGCUCCGGGUUUCUGAGCCCUGCCUCUGGAGGAGCCUCUCCACAAGGCUACCGAAGCCCGACUCAGACGCCGCCUUACGGAUACAGCUCGCGGCCUUACGACAUUUCCCCGCGCUCUCCCCGCUUCCAGCCGUGUGGGGAUGGUCGGGGCUGGUUUGGAGGCCCGGCGGCUGCGCACACGCCGGGUAGGCCCCACAGUGCCAGCCCCAGGUAUUUGACUCCCUACAGUGGCGGCAGGUCCCCCGGAGGAGCGUUUCACCAGCAGCAAGCCUUCAAGCAGCCGCCUUCGGGGGGUUACCAGAGAUACAGCCAGGGAUCACCCAGGAUAUCGACUCCAUUUGGUACAUCACAUGGCAAAGAGAAAACACCAUCUAAUGAUAAUGUGGAGAACUAUUAUAAACCUUCAAUGCUUGAGGACCCAUGGGCAGGCCUAGAACCAGUGUCUGUUACUGAUGUUAACCAGCAAUUCAGCAUUGAACAAACAACACAUUGUGGUAAAAAAGGGAGAUAUUUCAGUUAAAGAACCUACCAGUUAAAUAACAUGUUUGUGAGGAACUGAAAUAGAAUCACCUUCCUUAAGAUGACCAUUAUGCAAGUACUUGGGUAUGUUUUUAAUUUCCCAUACUUUUAUUCUGCCAUUUUGACAAAUUGAAUAUUUUUAUACUGGAAGAAAGAAGUUACAAAAUUCUUUAAACUUCUGGAUGUAUAGAAGAGAAAUACUAAGAACACACUCUUUAGCCAUCACUGAAUUCAUCUGAGACUGUUUCCAAGAUUCUUCCUUGGCAUAUUGUUCAUGAUUAUAAGCUUCUUGAGGAAAUGACAUCCUUUUACAUUUGAAUACUUUCAGAACAAGGAGAGUUUUAAAAUAAAGUAGAUAUUUUGUAUCACAAAUAUUUUAGUACUUUUUGUUAAAUCAUACUUCAGCCAAUGUAAUUAAAAUCCUUUGGUUUGGUUUGGUUUUUU